AUGACUAACUUUACUUCCUCCUUUGUCAACUGUGAGGGGCACUCAGUUUCUCAGGUAUUUGUCGCUAUUGCCUACUCCAUUUUCUCAGUCUUUGGAACUGUGUCCAACUUCCUGGUGAUCUACCUGGUCUGCUCCUUUAAGAAGCUGAAGACCACUAGUAAUGCUUUCAUAGUGAAUGGCUGCAUAUCAGACCUCCUAGUUUGUGCUUUCUGGAUGCCUCAAGAAGUCGUACUAAUUUCUACUGGUUGGGUAAAAAAUUCAACUUACCAUGUCUUUAUGGAAGGUGUUUUCUUCCUAUGGAUGACUGUCUCUCUACUCUCUCAUUCUCUCAUUGUCCUGAAUCGUUUUGUAUUGAUCACCAAACUGCCAACUGUCUACAUCUCUGUGUAUCAGAAGCGUAACACAGAGUGGAUGAUAGCCAUGGUCUGGGUGUUGCCUCUGGCCUUUCUGCUGCCAUGGGCCUUUGGUCAGAGGACAUAUGAAAUUUCUUCUCCAUGUAUUCUCCUACGCCUUUAUGUGUUCUCAGGCGAUGAGAUUCCUCUGAGCAGUUUCUACACAGCCAUCCUCUCUGCUGGUACAGUACUGAGUCAAACAGCCAUUCUUCUCUACUGCUACAUCUGUAUUUUUAGGAAAGUGCAGGUCAGCCUGAAGAGGGUGAGUGUACUGAACUUUCAGGUGGUUCAAGACUUGCCUUGUUCAUGCCCUCGCAAGGAAAAGCGACUAGGCCUCUAUGUUUUCAUUGUGUGCUGUGUCUUCUUGCUGACAACAGAGCCUUUUGCCUGGACUGUGCUCUAUGGACUUUUUCAACCCAUGCCCCACGGUCUACCAACAGCCAGCUGGCUGCUUCUCUGCCUACUCUUCGUCUUCAACCCAUAUAUGUACACUUGGAAAAAUGAGGAAUUCAGGAGAUCCUUCAGAUCUAUGGUAGGUGGGGAAUUAUGGAAAAACACUGUGGUUAGUGUGGAUCCUGCUGUGCAAAUAAUUUCUCAGAAUGAUUCUUGA